AGGUGAGGCGUUCACUUGUGUUCUCUUUCCAUUCCAAUAAUUUCCCCCAAAUUUUCGACCCUUUUCAGUAAAAUAUUAGGUUCUUUCUGAAUUUAAAGGGUUAUUAAUGUAAUUUCGAUACGAUGAGUCUUUAAAACAGAGAUAAUUUCGGUAUAUAUUAUACGUAAAUUGGAACGGUGUGCUAUAUUCCUUCAACAUUUGUGUUUUCAGCAGUAGUAUUGAAAUCCAGGUUGAAGUGAAAUCUCAUGAAAGGGCACUAGGAUGAAAAAGCUUAGUAUUUCAAACCAAGGCCUUAAUGGCAAAAAACCUGCCUUGUGCAACAGUGCAAGAGAGAGACGGAACCCCACCUAGUUGGCAACCCUGUUUACACAUGGAGAAAUAUCCUGCUUGGACUGAGUGAGGUCCAUUGCCUCUCUAGACAGACCACUUCCGAAACCACUGGUUGCAUGUUUUUGAAUCGAAUUCUGCGUGGGGUCCAGUCACUUAUCAUGGCCAGCAAGUACAAUAUCGUAUUUGUUCUUGGAGGACCAGGAGCUGGAAAGGGGACCCAGUGCUCCAAAAUAGUUGAUAAAUUUGGUUUUAUUCACUUGUCUGCAGGUGAUCUGCUAAGAGAAGAGAGAGCCAAACCAGGCAGUGAGUAUGGAGAAUUAAUUGAAAACCACAUCAAGAAUGGUACAAUUGUGCCUGUGGAGAUUACCUGCUCCUUGUUAGAACGUGCCAUGAAGGACUCUGGUAAAAUGGACUUUCUCAUUGAUGGAUUUCCUCGGAACCAAAAUAACCUUGAAGGCUGGAACAAGGAGAUGGGAGAGAAAGUUAACCUGAAGUUCGUCCUUUUCUUCAAUUGUCCUCUUGAGGUGUGCACUCAGCGAUGCUUAGACAGGGGAGCUGCAGGGUCUGGGCGCUCAGAUGACAACCUGGAGUCCCUCAAGAAGCGAUUUGACACCUACAUGAAUGCCACAAUGCCUAUAAUUGAGCACUACGAAGAGCAAGAUCUUGUACGCAAGAUCGAUGCCACUCGUUCACCUGAUGAAGUGUUCGAAGAUGUUGAAAAGCUGUUCAGUUAAAUUAGUCAUAUCUGAGGAAGAAGGUAGGUUGGCUCAGCAAAGAACCAAGAACCAUCUGGUUAAUUUAACAGUGUUUUACCAUGAAAAGGUUAGCAGUCGGCUAGAUAUCAUGAGAUAGGUAUUUUGAGUGGUAUUUUAGUGAAAGAUCUCAGCAUGAACAAAUUGUACCAAAACACAAAGUACGUGAAUGUUAGAUUAUAUAAACAUCAUUAUCCUUUGGCUACUUUACCAUUUGCAAGUAUGUCUUUUAAUUUUUAUCUCACCAAAGAAUUCAUUAAAUAUAUUAUUUGCUGAUGUGGUGCUUUUCACUUUGCUAUUUUUAUUGCAAAUAUGUUGACCAUGAUAUUAAUUUGAUAUUCUUUUUUUUUUUUUUUCUUCUUCUUCUUUUUUUAAUAUUAAUGAUAUCAAUUUGAACUGUUCUUAAAGCAAUAUUUUUGGCUUCACUCAAUUUCAUCGAAUGUUAACACUGAAUAUGGCUUUGUACUCAAAUAGAUUAUAUUGCUUGAUCAUACUUGACUUCUGUAAACUGAUGGUUUGCCAUUAUUAUUAAUGAUAUAUUUCACUGCAUUAGGUAAUUAGUAUUAUUUAUAUGUAUCUAUAAUUACUAGCUAAACCACUCAUUUGUUUUUGACAGGGAAUACUGUAUAUUGCCUUGGUGUAUUUAUAUGUGGUCAUGUACGAUUAGCUUAUUUGUAAUUAUUUAUUUUGUGGAAGGUUACCAUACUUAGAAUAUAAAAGAAGAUAUUCAGACACUAAGUUAGGUUUUAUUUGUAUGAUAGUACUUGUUUCUGUAGAUUGCUAUUUUAUUCAAGCAAAAAAUUCUAGCAUAAGUGAGCAGAGAUUUCAGCCCCACAUGUGAAAUAUGUAAACUGUACUGAAGCAAGUGUAAGGUAAUGAAUAUUAGAAAAGAAUCAACAAGAAAAAUCAGUAGUAUAUAUAGCCAGUAGACUUACAUGUAUUUCUUCAAGGGAAGGUCAGUACUUUUCCUCCACCUGUUCAGUCAUAGAAAACUAGAUUGCCUGUUUUUGUUAGUCACAGAAAACUAAAUUGAAAAUUUAUAUUAGUCACAGAAAACUAGAUUGACAUUUUAUGUUUCAAGUUCCAUGAUGGCAGCAAUAAAUGGUUGAAUAAUGUUAAAAUAAGCAUUUCAGUUCCCACAUGUCAGCAAAUCAUCAUUUCAUAUGCAUUUACAUCAGAUAUAUGUGUUAAAUGCUGUAUAUCCAUAGUCAUUAUCUAGUAUGCAAGUUUAGAAUAAAUGUUAUUUUAAGAUGUUAUUGACAAUAUUUUGGGCUGUAAAUUGAAUUUUUAAGUUUAAAGAGUGUAUCUAAUGUUAGGGAAAACCUCAAACCUUUGUCUGCUAUUUAUUAAAAGAAUUAGGUAUUGUUUGAAAUAAAAUGAAUAUUACUU